UAUCGGACGAAAAGAUGUUGCUCUUUAUAGUUCUGUUUUACUUCGUUGGACGAAUUGGCGCUUCAGACAAUUAUUUAGUUGAACCUGAACCGGAGUUUGCCGAACCUAUUGAAAAUGUUACAGUUGCAGCUGGUAGAGACGCGCAGUUAAGCUGUACAGUAGAAAAUCUCGGAACUUACAGAGCAGCUUGGAUCAAAGUGGAAACGAAAGCAAUAUUAACUAUUUAUCAUCACAUUAUUACUCGAAACUAUCGCAUCAGCCUCAGCCAUAGUGAUAACAGGAAUUUUAUUCUUCAAAUCCGCAAUGUUCGAGAAUCGGACAAAGGUGGUUACAUGUGCCAAGUGAAUACUGUGCCAAUGAAAAGUCAGAUAGGAUAUCUUGAUGUAUUAGUUCCUCCUGAUAUCUUAGAAGAAGGCAGUAGUAGUGAUGUUAUUGUUCGAGAAGGUUCAAACGUUACACUUACGUGUAAAGCAGUGGGAUAUCCUACUCCAAAUAUUACUUGGAGGCGAGAGGAUAACGAACCAAUACCCCUUGGAAUAUGGCAAGGAAAAAAAUUCACAGAUCCAAAUGCUGUCACUUAUGAAGGUGAAAUAUUGAGUAUUACUCGUGUAAGUCGCUUGCACACUGGAGCUUACCUUUGCAUAGCUGCUAAUGGAGUUCCCCCAUCAGUUAGUCGGAGGAUUAUUCUGCAUGUACAUUUUCCUCCAGUACUCUGGAUUCCUAACCAAUUGAUUGGUGCACCUCUUGGGCGCGAUGUAACUUUAGAUUGCCAUACAGAAGCUUAUCCCAAUUCAAUUAACUAUUGGGGAAAGAAACCAGGAGAGAUGAUCAUUUCUAACGAGAAAUUGGAAGUUACAAGCAAACUCACGAAAACUUACAAAACUCAUAUAAGGCUCACGAUCAAGAACCUGCAACCAGAUGAUUAUGGGGACUACACGUGUUACUCAAAAAAUUCUUUGGGAUCAACUGAAAGUGCUGUUAGACUUUACGAAAUUCAGCCUCCAACAACAACUCCUACUAAGGAUACUUCAGCUGUCAGAAGACAAAGUUCCGAUGCUUUUCCUCAACACCAAAGCUUGGGUUCAAUGAAAGAUUCGACUGAAGAUUCGAAUGCAUCCAAGAGGAAACGACCUGUCACAAUCGAUGGUUCAUAUAAAACUAAUGAACACAUAAACACUGUCGAAGAUAAACGACCCCAAAAAUCAAAAGAAGCUGCAACUCUUGAAAAGGAUAUAGAAAAAGAAACGAAUGGAAAAGAUGAAAGCAAGAUUUCUUGGAUUUUGCUAUUCCUCUCAUUACUGCUACUUUUAGCAAAUAAAUGCACACUUAGAAUACCAACGUAACAAGAACUACUGUGCAUAGAGACAAUCAAAAGUUGCAUUGCUUAAAACGACAAGAAACCAUGGAAGUCUUUCUUCUAUUUACCAUUUAAACCUGGUUUACUGAUUGUACAGUCGAUAUAUCAAAAAUUACAAAUUAGAAUGUCUGUUGUACAUUUGAAAGCACUAUUUAACUACUGGCGAGAUUGUCUUGCAAAUGACUAAGAGCUGGAACACAAUGGAUAUUUUCAAAGAAGGAAAAAGGAAUGAUUUAUCUUAAAAAUGCAUGCAAAGAAUAAAUGUCUUAAUUUUAUAUAAAUAAAACUGAGAUUUUCUGUACCCAAAUUGUGGGUAUUACUUAUAUAUACAGUGAAACGUGCCAAGUUGACUACCCCUGUCAGUUAACCACCUUUCUAAGUUGAUCUCAAUUAACAAGAACUGAAUUUGUCCUGUAUAACAAAAGGGAACAGAGCCUUUGUAACCAAACCACCAGUCUAUCUUGUAUGUAGACUUCUAAAAUAGGUGUCAAAUUUGUCUAGGAGUGUUAUUAAAUGCUAGUCUAAGACCUCCAUAAGUUGACUGGAGAAAAACAUCUUUUCAGAAAAUUUUUCUAGGCUAUUGCGAUACGCAAUGAGUGUGAAAAAAUAAAUGAAACACCCUGAAUGACUUUAGAUCUAAUGAUCGGAUUUUCACGUACUAGGACAUGGAUUUCAACUCUGCUAAUUAAACAUUG